CAGCCCGUCGCAGAGCACGCCGACUUCUACAGCACUGCCCAGGCGCCCUAUGCCAAGGCUUGCGAGCUUCUGGAGAAGGCGCGCGUGCUGGGCAACCCAUCUUCUCGCCACCACGCUGCCCAGUUCCUGCAGACCUGGCGGGAGCGCGGUUCGCCCUUUGGUGGUGGA